AUGGCUGAAAAGUAUGUUAUUCGGGUGACCGCCGGCUCAAACUACGACGUCGACGAGCACCAGAUCGUGCCCGUCAACUCGCCUGACCUGGUCAAGAUCAGCAAUGAUCUGAUGGACAUUGAACUGAAUGUACGAGUCCAGAACUACAAAGGCUUGCCGCGGAACUCUCCCACUACGUCUCAGUACUUUGCGCAGCCACCCCACGACUACAACAAGGAUCAAUACAGCAUCGGGUUUCGCUUCACCCCCAAGAAGCCAUCGGGACAGUUGCCGGGCGCGUCGUCAGACGAGUCGGGCGAGAGUCAACCUUCAAAUGGCAUUUCAGCGUCAGACCUGCAGUUUGGCAACGACUUUGACCACCCCAUCAGGGACCGUCUGCCGCCCGGGUUCAACACGGCCAUGAGCAUCGUGAAAUGGUGGAUCGAUCCGGGUUUGGACGGUGAUGCCUAUGCCGAUGAGCCUCACCUGUACGGCCCUGCACUCUCAUCUUUCAAUGCGAUCCACGUCGGCCAGGGAGAGCAUGAUCCAGAGAAAGGUGGCCUCUGGUUUGAAGAAGGAGGAGAUGAAGCUGGACUGGAAGCACGGAAAGCCAUCGGCGCUCCAGAUACAGCCAAGGCACGGAUGAAGUGGGCCCUUCGCGACGACAGCAAGGCAAAUUGGGUCUUUGAGCACGACAAGACCUACUGCGUAGACUUCUUCAACCCCUAUCUGGAUUUUGGCGACUUCAGCUUACGACUCCCUGGCUUCACACUUCCCAUCAUGAAAUACUGGGAUGGCCAAGGCCUAAGGGCCAACCCCAAGCGCUCACAUCGACUUAGAUAUGUGCUGCGAAAUAAGUCGACCAGUGAGACGUAUCUGGUCGUCCUCUUCACCCUGUACCUAAAGGAAGAUGUCAAUGAGGACGGUUCUCUGAAACCUGCAGCAUUGGCAUCGCAUAAGCCAGAGAAGAAGGCAGCAGUACCCACUAGCCACGCAGCUACCGAAGCUGAAGACCCUAAAGCUAUCGAAGAGGCGAGGAAGAGGCUCGAAAGAUCAGACGUAGAGGAGGAGAAAAUACAGGUAACUAACGAUGACGACGUUGACUAG